AAACGAACGACUCGAAAUGUGGUUAACCUUUGAAACGUGAAAUACGCUAAGUGAGCAUCAGAAAAGACUAUCAAAGUGGCGGAAGAAAUUUCAAUAACUGUUGUAGAUGCAGUGAUAGCCAAUAAAUAUCCUGUAGAGAGGUGUAAGGAAGAAAUGUGUGUUGGAUCAGGAUCCGGCUUGUGCCGUUUAAGUGAAUUAACUUCAGCUCAUGGCUUCACCAGACAACUGGUUCAUCAUAUGGCUCUACCGCAUAUCACUCUCUUGCUUGCUGCCAUAUGCUAUAUCGUUGUGGGGAGUUUGUCGCUUACAGCAUUUCGUUACAUUGACGACCAUAUAGUGGUAGAUGGCAGUAUACUGGCUGAAAUGAAGGAAAGUUUAAUUGCUGAAACAAUUCGACCGCGCCCAAUAAAGGAACGAAGGGCAGAUCUGGAAAAAUCACUAGAUAAUUACGCUUCCAAACUUCACAAAAUAUUCCAGAAAUACAUCCACCAAUCGUUUAUGAGAAGGCCAACAAUAAUAGAAAGAUUACAUGAAAAGGAGCAUGCAACUUCAAAAUUAAUGUGGAAUUUAUUUUUUGCAGCAACUGCUCUGACAACCGUAGGAUACGGCAGCAAUGCUGCGGAUUCAUUUUUUGCCCGUUUGUUUAUCAUUGUCUAUUUAUUUAUCGGUAUUCCACUGUUUCUUGUCACAAUUACUGACUUGGCCAAAUUUUUUACCGAAUUCAUCAAUCGGUCAUAUGCAGAAGUGUUGAAGUAUAAAGUUAUUACAAGUCGUAAACUCAAAAGUCGUUUCGAAGUGCCAAUCGAUGAAAUUAUUAUUUCUGGUGGCGAAGAUGAAGUGGCGGAAUUUUUAUGGACUCACUUGGAAAAUGCGCAUUUUGUCGAAGUACCUUUUGUUAUAAUCUAUAUUUUGUUGUUUGCAUAUGUAAUCGUUGCAAGUUACCUCAUUUCAUGGAUCGAAGGAUGGAGUAUUUAUGAUGGUCUUUACUUUGUUAUAAUCUCCAUGCUUACCAUUGGUUUCGGAGAUUUAGUACCUCGAAACCAACCGUUCAUAUUGCUCACAUUAUUGAUCGUGUUAUUCGGGUUGAUCUUAGCUACAUCAUUUAUUGAUGUAGUGGGCUCCUACUACAUAGACCGGUUACAUUUCUUUGGACGUAAUCUUGACCUUGAGCAUGAUUCGCUGGAAUGGCUCAAAAAAGUGAAACAGCGACGUUUAAUCGCAAUGAAACGUGAAGCGAUGCGUAAAUUAUUCGAAACCGUCGCUGCUCUGCAACAUAUGGAAAUUGGUCCUCCUCAUCCUCCACGAAAUUUAAGAGCAAUUAAUUCAACAGCAGAUUCUGUAGUUCUUACAUGGGAUCCUCCAACACAUGAUAACGAAGGGAAAUGUUUCUGGUAUACAGUUGCUUAUCAGAUAAGAACACCUCGAAGUCGAAAUAAUCCAGCAACAGUAAUUGAAUUUAUCACCAGUGAGCAGUAUGUUGUCACUGGUUUACGUUCCUUCACCCUUUAUGUGUUCUCAGUUGCAACAACAACGAGAUUCGGAAGCAGCAAACCCAUCAAAUGCUAUGAAUACACUGAACCGUGCACUGUUCCACAAUCUCUGUCACUGCAAGCACUGAGCUGUGAAACUGCAACAUUUGUUUGGGAUGCUCCACAUAAAAAUAUUGCACCUGAGAGUUACAUACUUCUACUCAGUCGAGAUCCGGCACCACAUUUUUCUUCUUGGAAAUCUUAUGAUUGCGGUGACAGCAAAUGUUUUACAGUAACUGAACUUUUACCAAAUACCAGAUAAGCUUUAAUAAUUAACCUUCUG